UACCGGCUAACCUUUUACGUCUACAUGUACCUAUAUACAUUUACAGAAAUUAUAACUAUUUAUAUAACAAUAUUAUAAACAAUGACAUUUAUAUAAAUUAUACAUUAAUUAGUUUUAUAAAUAUAACUUUAUAUUAAUUAGUGUUAUACAUUGUAAUAAGUAAUAAUAUCAACAGUGUUUUGAAUGUCAUACAAUAAUAAAAUUUUUGUCCGCAAUAUUUAUAUUUUUUAAACAAGACACAAACGUACUACAUUUUAUAAUAUUUAUAAACAAUAGUGCAUUGUUAAUAAAUACAUACAUAUUUUUUAAACAAAAAUGGAAAAUUUUUCGACAAAUUUAAGUACGGAAGAUUACAAGAAAAAUCCUAUUGUUUUUCUUGACAUAGCAAUUGAUAAUGAGAAAAUUGGGCGAAUAAUAAUUGAAUUAUUUAAACAUGUUACACCACGUACUGCGGAAAAUUUUCGGCAACUUUGUACUGGAGAAAAAGGUAUUGGAAUAAAUGGUAAAAAAUUGUGCUAUAAAGGAUCUAUUUUUCAUAAAAUUGUACCUCAAUUUAUGAUACAGGGAGGUGAUAUAAUAAACUUUGAUGGCACUGGUGGUGAAAGUAUUUAUGGUCCACAUUUUGAAGAUGAAAAUUUUAAAAUGAAACACUCAACAAAAGGACUUCUUAGUACAGUUAAUAAAGGGAAACCACACACAAAUAAUUCACAAUUUAUUAUUACAACUGAAAUUAGCGGUCAUUUAGACAAUACUAAUGUUGUAUUUGGCAAAGUCUUGAGAGGAAUGGGUAUUGUACAAGAAAUCAGUGAAGGUCCUAUUGUAAAAGAUAAACCACUGCAAGUAUCAAAAAUAAUCGAUUGUGGUGAAAUAAAACAAGGCGAGAAUUGGGGAAUUGAAGAAAAUGAUGGAACUUUAGAUAUUUUUCCACCGUUUCCAGAAGAUUGGGAUUAUGCUCUGAAAACAGAUCCAUUGAAUGUCGACCACAAUUAUGUGAAAGACGCAAUUGAAAAAAUAAAAAAUUCUGGUAAUAAUUAUUAUGGUAAAAAAAAUUAUACAAAAGCCGAGAGAAAAUAUAAAAAAGCACUAGGAUAUUACAAUUGGCUAAUGCAAAAUAAUCCCCCAGAAGAUUUACAAUUAAUUUUAUCUAACAUACGAAUAUCAAUAAUGUUGAAUCAAGCUGUUACAAAAUUGAAGUUAUUAAAAUAUCGCGAAGCUCUAGAUCUUUGUAAUAUGGUAUUAUCUGUGGAUAAAACUAAUAAUAAAGCUCUUUUUCGACGAAGUCAAGCGUACAUCGGUUUAAACGAUUACGAAACUGGGUUAGCUGAUUUGAAACAAUUACAAUCUUUUGAUCCUGAUAAUGCUGAAAUUUCACGUGAAAUUGAUAAAAUUAAUAAAUCUAUUUCAUUAUAUUUAAAUCAUGAAAAAAAAACAUUUAAACGUAUGUUUCGAUAAAAAAUUUAAUUCAGAUUUUAUAAUCAAAAAUAUAUUCAGGGACAAUAUCCAUGUAACAAUUUUCAUUCCGAGUUGCUGACCAAGGUACUGGUCACAAGAAUCUUUUGACAGAUACUACAUAAACUUUGUCAAGAUGACGUACACAAGACAAUGUUGUAAUAGUCGAACUAUUUUUAUAACAGUAUCUGGCGGAAGUCCCCUAGGUGCCUACGUCUUUACGUACGUAUCGAUCUGUCACAAAAUAUUAAUUCAAGAUUCUAAGACAAUUGUUACAGAACUUGGACAUGAUAUUGUACAAAAGAACAUUGAAGAUAUCUUUAAUGUCUUGUUUAAGAUGUGUUAGUAAAAUUACUUUCACGCAUCUUGAGCGAGUCGCAUCAAAAAUCACGUGUAGACACUAAUGCAUAUUUUGCUACAGAUCUGCUCAAGUAUCUUGUUACACUGUCUAUAUAUCUCUGCUAUCUGUGUCACUUCACUCCAGAAUCUUGUAAAGUAUGACAAUAAAGGGGAUAAAGUGACUGAGGCAGAAGUAAGAUAGAUAGUGUAAUAUGACACUUCUUGAGCAAUUCAGGCGCAAGAUAUGCGUUAGUAUAUGCAAGCAAUUAAAUUUCUGGAGCAAGAUUAGCUCAAGUCACUGUACCCAUAUACCUUGAACAAAAUAUCUUUAGUAUUCUUGCACAAUUCUUAAAGUACAACAUAACACUAAGUAUUUUUCUACGGGGGCAAAAGGGUCGGGGUACAAAAAAAAAUAUUUUUAUGAUUUUUUUUUUCUGAGUACCUCUGUUAUUAAAAUUUUUGAAAUUUGUGACAUUAUUAAGCAUGAUUCCAAGAAUAUUUUGCUCAAUUUUUAUAAAAAAAUAUUGAAAAAUAAACCAGUGGUAGUGGGGAGAGACGAGUCACCUCAAAAAAAAUCUGUCUAUCGGUUGACCCUGCGGGCCAGCCCUAAAACUUUCCGCUCCUUAAGCUCUAAAACAUUGUUGUGAAUAUAUUUUCGAGCUCUUCGAGUAAACUAAAACUUUGUACCAGUGUCUGCAGUAAGAUCCAUAGUUACAUAAAGACGUAGACAGUUAGUGUACCAGUGAUCAGGCUCGGGUAAGAUUGUCAUGUAGGAUAUAUCGUUGUUAAAUAUUUUUAUAUAAAUAUUUAUCAAUUAAAUACCGCCAAUAUAUAUUAGGAAUAAUUCAUAAAUUUAAUGUAGUUUUAGAUAAUUAUAUUGGCUCAAAAAAAUGUACAUAUUAUUAUGGGAAGUCAUUUUUUUAGUUGUUCAUAAUUUUAAAAAAUUCUUAAUUACAGGAUAAUUUUAUUGUUAACAGAUUUAAUUAUUUUCAAAUUAAAUGAAAUAUUUAAAUAAUAAAUUUUAUUAAUGGACUUAAUUUAAAUUAAAUAAUAAACAAUUAAAUUUUUAUCUAUUUCUUUAUUUAAAAAUUAUGAAUUGACUCAGUUUGUGAAAAAUUUCAUUUCUAUUUUAUGUUUUACUUGUGUACGGUCUAAAGCUUAA